AUGGGGGUUGAGCUCAGGGGAGCUGGAUGUCAGGAGAAUUCAAAAUGCGAAGCCAAAGAAAGGGCACCAAGUCAUGAUUCAGGAAUCAGAAUAACUGGGCAAUCUGACAAAGUCAGAGACCCCGGACCCACAGUCAGCGACCGAGAGGAAGGAGAAAGAAGCCGAUGCCCCGGGCAUCUCGCAGGCCGCAGUCGGAGGCGGGACAAGGACUUCGGCCUCCCGCCCGCCCAGGCUCGGGCCACGCCACUCCAGCACCCCGCCCUCCCGGUCCGCCCCGGCCACGUGGAAGCCGCCGACAAACCCCCGGGACCAGAGGGCGGCGAGAACCUCCCCUCCCAGCCGCCGCCGCCGUCGCUCUGCGGUCUCCUCGGUCCCCCUCGAGCCGUUCCGCCCGCUCGUCGCCGGACUAGAAGCAGCGCCCAGGUCCCUGCGCCCGUUCGUGGUCGCCGCCUGCGGCUGCCGGGACCCCCGCCCGGCCGCGGGCACCAAGCCCCCCGGGCCUGCGCCCUAGCUCGGAGCGAGACCGAGAGCCAGGCCACGCAGAGCCGAGGCCGCCGGGGACCUGAUCCAUCCGGGCCCCGAUGGGGCCGCGGGGAGGCGGCGCUAUCCCGGAAGGCUUCCCGGAGGCGAGAGUCCGCAGGAGCCCCCGGGGAAGGCUUCCCCCAGCGCCCCCUUCAGACCUGUGCUUACACCUGGGAGCUAGAGAAUCUAUGCAACCUUGACUUUAAAGAGAUGAGCCCACCUACACCUGAACAGAAAGGGAAGCUGGACCGCUUAAGAUCAGGCUUUCACUGAUGAGCCUCCAAAAACGAAUCAGAUGUUCCAUUACAUGCCAUCAAAAAAUUCGAAAGGAAGAUAUUUUACAAAAGGUUGUCGGAUUUCUAAGGUGCUAUGAACACUGGGUCCUUUAAUUCCCCCUUCAACUAAAAAGCUGAAAGCAGAUUUCUUAAAGUGCACUACGUGGGAAUCAAUAGGUGUUAGAUGAAUAAAAGGAUCCCAUGUCACAUACGGAUUAAACAAAUACUGAACUUAAAAAAAAAAAUCAAACACUUUACAGUAACACUUCUUAGACAAACUAACAUGCUAUGUAAUUCUUCAAUUUCCAAAACGGCACUUGGUUGUAGUAGCCAGUCCCAAGGUGGCCCUCAGAGUUCCUUGCUCCUGUCGUAAUGCACCCGGUGUAAGCGACUCAGGCACUGAAUCAGGGCCAGUGAGCGUGACCAGGAGAAGACAGUGGGGUGUGACCUCUGAGGCCGGGUCAAAAAAGGCAUUUUUAAGUUUCCACUUUGGCCUCUUACAUAUAUCUAAUUCGGAAUUCAAUCUGCUGGUAUUUUAAUUAGGAUUUUUGCAUCUAAAUCAUACUUGUACUUUGCCUUUGCCUUUCUUUUCUUGUACUGUUCUUGUCAUGUCUUGGUACCAAGGCUAUAUUAGUCUCAUAAAAUUAGCUAGAUAAUUUCCUUCUCUUUUUUUCCUCUGAAAUGGUUUAAAAUAGAAUAAAUGCUCCUUGAAAAUUUAGUAAGACCACCCUCC